CCACAGCAGCAAGUCUCUACUCCUGAAGAACUUAUUCAUAAUAUUCAUGAAAUGAUGCAGAACCUUAAUGAUCUUGAUGUCAAUUCUUUACAGGAUGUUCGCAGGCCAGACAGAACUUUUCAAGAAGGUGAUUGGGUAAAUAAUCAAAAUAUUAAAUUUCCAUCAAAU